AAGGGUGAAAUUGGAAUUACAUUAGAGGCCCACUGGUACGAACCCUAUUCAUCUGGUAAUCCUGACCAGCAAGCAGUUGAGAGGGCCAUGGACUUCAAUUACGGAUGGUUCUUAGAGCCAAUAGUUUUUGGAGACUACCCGUUCAGCUUGAGAGUUAUAGUGAAGGAGAGGCUUCCUACUUUCAUAGAGAAAGAGACUAAAAUGAUAAAGAGCUCCUUUGAUUUUAUUGGUCUCAAUUACUACUAUCGAUACUAUGCUAAGAGCCUUCCAAUAAAGUAUGAUGAUGAACCCAUGAGCUAUUCUCGAGACAAAUAUGUUGAGCAACGUGAUAAGAAAGACUGCACACCUAUUGGAAUUGUGCAAGAAGCGGCCGUACCACCAUAUGUGUGUCUGAGAGGAAUAAAAGAUCUAGUGUUAUAUGUUAAGAGUCGAUUUAGAAAUCCGACCAUUUACAUCACCGAGAAUGGAUUGGGGAUAAAUGUUGGAGAGGGUCGCACGAUGGAAGAUUUAGCGAGGAUAAAUUUCCAUGCUGCUCAUCUCUUGGAACUUCAAGAUGCAUUCAGGAAGGGGGCUAAUGUGAAGGGAUACUUCGUGUGGUCAUUGAUGGCCUGCUUUGAGUGGGCAUCAGGAUAUAAAGUUAACUUCGGCAUUUGUAGCAUUGAUCGUACCAAGCCUUCACUUGACCGAAUCCCUCGGCUAAUUGGUUUGCUAAAUUCCUUCCCAAAAAGUACUUAGAAUGAGCAAAUUCCUUCCCACUUGAAACGGAUUAUUAGAGGGUCUGCACUAAAAUAUCCCUUGUACUAUUGAGUGCUUUAUUCCUAUGAUGUAUGGCCUCAUUAAUUAGCAAUUUGAGAAGUAAGACUAGUUCUUUUUCUAAUUUUCUAAUUUUAUCUACAAUACUGCUAGUACAUUUUUUUUAAUAAGA